AUGCUCAUGUCUGUUUCUAAUACCCUUACUGUUGUACUCUACACAUUUGCUCUUGUUCCAUAGCAACUCACCCCUGAUAACACUUUUGUUCCACUCCGUCUCUUCGCCAUUAUAACAUAGCUGCACCCAUCUCCUACCCAAUAUUCUCUACAACUCUCGCCGCCUACUUUACAAAACCUCCUCCGAUUGAUUCUCACUCGUCGGUCUCACAUGUUCUACUGGGGACCUGCCAAGUCGGGCCACAUUCAUGGUCCUCUCUCUUUCAAAGCCGUUCUAGCGGCCUGCGAUGCUGUCAUCGUCUACUCAAUAUCUCGAUCCUUUUACACCUUCGUCACCACCUAGGCCAUCUCGCAUCAAGCUUUCGCCACCCUCUUUGAAACCGUCACUUUAUCUUCAUCGUCUCCACCUGUAUUCUAUGCCUCGUCUGUCAAAACAACAGCCGUCGGGGCGCAACAUUCUCGAAAAACUCAGGGAAGGGGUUCAUACCGCCAAUCGAAAACUGAAGACUGACGAGCGGACGGAAUUUUACGGUGGACGUCUGUGGUAUGGGCUCCGUCUAUGGACUGGUUCCGUAGAAUUUUCCUACACGCGAAAAUUUUUGUUCGCAAGAGCUAUUGCAUAUUACUGCUUGCUUGCACGGCCACGACUACAUCUUAUCAUAUCCGUUCCCAGAUCGAUGCUGUGUUAUUGCUACCUUCUUCUCAAGCAUGCAGAUGCCUACUGGGUUCGGUGGCUUGGCUGGCUAGCUCGAGGCAGUGACUCAAGGCGUUGUGAUGGAUUGCAUUAUUACUAGACUCGGAACUUUGCUAGACUUGCUAGAUUGGAUAAAACCUGAUAAAAUCUAAUUUUUCGUUUUCUGCACAUGUGUAAUAUAAACCGUCUAUGCAUAAUACAGUGCCAAGAAAAAAAAAAAGCUUUAUUCCGCCUGUCCCAUACCAUUUUUUCAUAGCUUGAGCGUAGUUUACACAAUGUCCAAAUCAUCCAAGAGA